UGUGUGCGCAGGCUGGUGACUGUGUGAGCCGGUGAGGAAACAGGAGCGUCGGAGAUAGGAGACUCCACACAGACAGCAAAAUCACGAUGCUUACGCCUUUGCCCGCUUCAACGGUGAAACAUGCUGGUUUUACCUGUUUUGCGUUUUGAUGGCCAUGGAGCUCUGAAACAUCUCUGCUGCUCUCUCUUGAGAAACGGAUGAGAUUGAGAUUCUGGAACUAUUCCAUUAGGGCUCUUCUGGGGACUCUUUCCUUUGACUGAUUCGUUCCCUUUCCUGCAGUGUUUUCCUCUCUGAAUCUAUUCAAAUGAAAGCAGAACUGGACUUUCAGUAAGUGUCAGUCAUCCCGUCAUUCAGUUGGAAGUUUGACUCUUGGAGCUGUUGGGAUUAAACAUGUGGAGCCAGUCAGGAUAUUCCAACCAUUACCAACCUCAUCCCGCUCACCCCUUUUACCAUGUGCCCUACAGCCAUAACCAGAGGACGACUACAUUCAUACAUCCAGUGACAGGCCAGAUCUCUGCUGAGAAUUCUGAUUUCAGACUUCAGGACCAGACUGGCCGACACAUGCUGAAGCAGCAGCCACAGUCGACCACACGGCCCUCCAGCACCAUUAGUGAGGCCUCGACUGCCGUCACUUCUUCAACUCUGGACACCACGUCAGGCUCAAAGGGAUCCAAGUCCAGUGGAAGGGUUCAUAACUUUGGCAAACGGGAUCAUGCCAUAAAGCGGAAUCCCAGUGUUCCUGUAGUGGUACGUGGAUGGCUCUACAAACAGGACAGCUCAGGGAUGCGGCUGUGGAAGAGAAAAUGGUUUGUUCUAGCUGAUUAUUGCCUCUUCUACUACAAAGAGUGUGGCCUUGGCUUGAUCGGCAUUUGCUUCUUUAUUCAUUCUGACUUCCUGUAUCUCAUCAGUAUGUCUGCUGCUACACACACAGGGAUGCGCUCCUACAUUUACAAACAAAGCUCUGUGAUUGGCUCGCAGGCGGAGCACACUGGGAUGAGGACGUACUAUUUCAGUGCGGACACACAGGAGGACAUGAAUGGCUGGGUCAGGGCCAUGAACCAGGCUGCACUGAUGCAAACCCAUACAGUGAAGAGAGACGAGUCGGAUCAUCCAAACCAAGUGAACGUUUCUGAGAAACUCAAGCAGCAGGCUGUUCCUCAGACCAACCACAUCAACAGCUACGUGAUUCCAGAGCCCGAGGUCAUCCAAAGUGACGGGCUGCUGGAGGAGAAGCAGGAAGGAUUUGUUGGAGAAGUGGAGAUUCGGGUUGUUCCAAGAGAGAUGGAGCCGGCGAGGGGUAAAUCUCCAGUGAGGAGGAUAGUGGAGGUGGAGGUUUUAGCUCCAGGGUCGACACUAGCAUCCCAAGUUCCCUCUCGAGCUCCUUCAAGGGCCGUCUCGACCCCGCCAGUGCUGAGGAACGGUACGCCCAUAGAGCAGAACGGCAUGCCUGGGUAUCAAAGGGGGCCUACACCGCCUUCUCAAACUCCUAUUCAGGUACAGAGGAGGAGCGCACUGGAGAAGGUGGAGAACUGGGUCAAAGUACAGAAGGAAGAACGCCAGGGGUUUGUAUCUACGGAUGGCACAAUUCCACGUCGGACCCCUUCCAUUCAUCCGAAGUACGGCACAAUAGACAAAUACCAGUCUUUACCAAAGACCGUGCGGCAAAGCCCACCAACCGCUCACCGUCAGUUGUCCAGUGAAUACAAAUAUUCCCAUGACCGGCUUAAUCACUUCCAGAUGACCCACGGCCACAGCCAGCGACCUGAGACACACGACAACACUGUGUGGAAGCUCUACGAAUGGCAACAGAGACAGCAGUAUCGCCACGGCAGCCCCACCGCCCCUGUGUACACUCCCGCUCCAGACUACUCCACCGCCGUAUCCUCCACCAGAGUCAACUCAGACAUUGCUCGCUCCAUUUCUGUGCCUCCGACCCUGGAAGAUAUCUCUCCACCGGGGCCUCCUGGGCCCAGACUGCUGUCUCCACGCAGACCCCACACGCCUGCAGAACGGCUUACAGUCAAACCUCUGGAGGACAGGCCCACCGUGGAGGUGCCACCAUCAAACUCUCCUCACCGUCUACGCUCCUAUAAGUCGGCCACAAUAGAAAUACGCUCAAUGCCUCCAUCCGGCUACAUCACACAUACAGUCAGUGCGCCCAGCCUGCAUGGAAAAACACCGGAGGAGCUCACCCUUCUCCUCAUCCAGUUACGGAGACACCAGGCCAUGAUGGCAGGUGUGCGCAACAAUGCGCUGGCCCACCUCCAGCAGUUGACUCGGGUGAAGGCUGAUGACACAUACAUGGACUUGAAGAAGGACCUGGAAUAUUUAGAUCUGAAGAUGAAAAGUUUAGAGCCAUUGAUCCUCAUGGUUCACAGUGUGUUACAAACCUGCACUGCGGGGGGUUUGAGACCACUCUGGAACGUGAGUGGGACAGAGACUCUGAAAGGACGGCCGGCAAAGCCAGUGAAGGUGGCAGAAAGUGAUGUAGAUGUGACACUGAGUCGAUUGUGUGAACAAGACAAAAUACUGCAAGAGCUUGAGUUCAGACUCAGUGGACUUAAGGAUGAUAAGGACAAGCUUGAGUCUGUUCUGGAUGUGUCCCACCAGCAGAUGGAGCGGUACAAGGAUCAGCCGGCUCAUGCUGAGAAGAUCGCCUACCAGCAGCGACUUCUUCAAGAGGACCUAGUGCAUAUUCGAGCUGACAUUUCUCGAGUUUCAACGGAGAUGGAGAGAGCCUGGGAGGACUACAGCAGGCUGGAGCAGUCAGUGGAACAGCUGAGGGACGUCCUGCAGACUCAGAUGAAUCUCUGCACAUCACCUCAGGAGAAAAAUCAGUUGAGGAGGGAGCUCUGGAGGAUAGAGGACGUGAUGACUGGACUCAGCUCAUCCAAAGAAACCUUCAAAAUCACCAUAGACUCAGUGAAAAACCCAGAGAGAAAACUUGUGCCUUCAGUGAUCAAGUCGACAGUGCCUUCUCGGUGCACGACCCCAUCCGCAGUUGAGGUGCGGUCACCCCAACGCAGUCUUACCUCCAGUCCGUUAUCACUGCCCAUGUACAAUGAACAUCUUCAGCAUCCUCACUCUGUGCCAAAAUGGGAAGAAGAUGAUGCUCCACCCAGACCACCUUUGCCCCUCCUCUAUGAUGAGGACACACCCCCUGUUGUCCCGCCCCUACCUAAAGAAACAUCGGUCAUCAGACACACUUCUGUCCGUGGCCUCAAACGACAAUCUGAUGAGAGGAAACGAGACCGAGAAAGCAGCUAUGUGAAUGGAGAUUGCAGGGUGGAACUGCGAUCCUACCUGAGUGAACCAGAGCUUCCUGGAGCAGGAACAGAUCAAGUAGACCCAGGCUACCUGACUCUUCAAAGAAGAGGUCUGUCAGGCUCCUCAUCCAGAAUAAACCAGUACGGUGUGACUUCCUGUUUCAUGUUGGAGAGACCAAAGAGUGCCUUGGAGCGGCUGUGCUCGGGAGAGUCUCAGCCUGAUCACCCGCCGCAGAGAGGGAGGAUGAGUGUGGAGGAGCAGCUGGAGAGAAUGAGAAGGCACCAGAGAGCUCUAGUGCGCGAGCGCAAACGUAACUUGAGUCAGGGUGAGCGACAGCCCAUGGGCUCCCGCACCUCCACUCGACCCGUCAGCUCUGACCCAGGACCAGGAUGGGAAAAAGUCAUUGAUUUGCAUCGACCAAAACAGGCCUUGUAUGACGAAAAACAGCGGCUGGGAUCAGAUGAAUGGCUGACUGUUGAGGCCCGUCCAAUGAACGCACAGGAGCUGGAGCCUGUGAACUUUGAGUUUGAUCUUACACGGGAGCUGUGUACGCCACAGAAGGUGUCCAUCCCAGAGAGACUCAUGGAUGUGGAGUUAGAUGAAGACCUGAGUCCAGAAGAGAAGGAGACUCGUUCUCGCACCAUAGCAAAGAUAAAAAGCCUACUGUCGAAGUCGAGUGUGAAGUCUAUGGAUGCCGAGCAGACAGAUUUCAGUGAGCUGGAUGAAGAGCUGCAGCAGCAGGAGAGGAUCAUGAGCUUUCAUCGAGCUCUCGCCACAGAGGCCUCCAUAAAGAGGAAGCAGAUUACCGCCAAAGCCAUGUCUGAGUGCUAAAACGUGUUGAGAAGCUUUCUUGGGAACCAAAGAUCAAUCGUUUUGUGUGCGUGUUUUGUACCUAAUACGUAUUUAUAAUUAACAUUCAAUCAUUCAGGUUCUCUGUUGUUCAGAACUUUUUAUAUGUGAGAUUGUUUUUAUUAAUUUUACUG